AUGGCUUCGAAAUUGGUAACUCGAUCGACUAGACAGCGCUUUAGCCGUCAAGAAAAUGAUGACGAAUCGAUUACUAUUAGUAUCUUCCAAAAAUCGGAAACAUCCUCUACUGAUCUGAACGGUGAUUUUCUAUGGUUUCAAUUAUUUAUCGAAGUACUUUUGCGCAUGAAAGAUUUUGACGAUUCGAAACAGUCGCUCGUCAAUGUGGCUUAUCAGCAGUAUGACAACGAUGAACACGAAAAACAGAAGAUUGAUGAAUUCUCUAUAUCUUAUGUCGCAUCAAAUGCUGUCAAAUGGUAUACGCGUGACAGUUUCGUUUACCGAAUGCUCAACAAAGCUUUAAGACAGAAGGACAUGGACACACUCUAUGCAUUUCGUCGUAUUAUUAUCGAUAUUCAUGAUCAGUUGGAAGAUAUGUAUGCCCGAAGGGUAAAUAAGAAAUCGGUUAUUCAUCUUUAUCGUGGACAAUCCAUGUCACGAGAAGAAGUGGAAUGGAUUAAAGCUAAUGUUGGUAAUUUUCUUUCCAUGAAUAGUUUCUUAUCCACAAGUAUCAAUCGAGACGCAGCGCUUAUGUUUGCCGAGGCACAAGAAGGUUUUCAAGGUGUUCUAUUCGAUUUACAACUCGACGAAACCUUGGUUGGUGCAAAGCCAUUCGCAAAUAUUACAUCAUUGAGCUAUUAUCCAGAUGAAGAAGAAACAUUGUUUAUGCUUGGUACUAUCUUUCGAAUUGCUCAAGUUACGUUUGAUAUUCAUACAAAUGUUUGGGUUGUUAGUUUAGAUCUAUGCAGCGACAAUGAUAGUGAAUUGAAGCCAUCGCUAGAUAGUCUCAAAGAACAGAUUGAUGAUGAAACAAACCUAUAUGAACUGGGUCGGAUUCUGUGGAAAAUGAGCCAGUUAGACGCUUCUGAACGAUGUUUCAAACGUCUAAUUGCACAGAACCAUCCCAAUCCAGUUAUAAUACCUGGUUGUUAUUUGCAUCUAGGCAAUAUUGCUAACAACAAAGGGAAUUACGAGCAGGCAAUAGCUUAUCAUCGUUGUGGACUGGAAUUAAGGCAGAAAACACUUCCUUCAAAUCAUCCACAUUUGCCUUAUUCACAUAAUGCGCUGGGCGAAGCGCUACGUAAACAUGGCGAUUUUGAUGAAGCUUUACAGCAGUAUAAAAAUGCUUUAAUUUUGUGGCAACAAGAGUAUAAUGGAGACGAUCAUCCAAAUAUAGCUAUGUGUCUGCAUAAUAUCGGCACGAUUCAUGCACAACGCGAUGAACUACAACAAGCUAUGAAUUAUUUUACACGUGCAUUGCAAAUAAUGGCAAGAUGUUUACCAGCAAUUCAUCCUAUGGUAGCAUCCACUCUAAGAAAUAUUGGGUCUAUUUUAGGCCUAACUGGGCAAGCGGAUCAAGCUCGAGAAGCAUUUCAGAAAGUGAUAUCAAUACAACGUCAAUGUCUUCCAUCGACGCAUCCUGAUCUAGCUGGUUCUGUGAGAGAUCUGGGUACAUAUCAUUUCUACACCGGAAAUUUGUCCGAAGCACUUAAUUAUUAUCAAGAAGCAUCAACUAUCCUCCAUCAAACAUUAUCAGUUCAUCAUCCUUUAUGUGUCCAAAUUCGAGAAGACAUUGCCGAAGUAGAAGCUUGCCAAGCUUCUCUUCUUGUAUAA